CACACUUGCAUCAAACUUAUAAGCAAGACAUUAUCAGAUGCGCGUAGUCCGGCGUUUGCUCCCACUCGUGCCUCACCAACGCUUGUGCUGAAUUCAGCUCCAUUCAAAUGGCCUUAACAGAAUCGUUUUAUCCGAACAUUUCUUCCCCAUUAUUAGCAGAGUCUGACACAGCUCUCCUAGACGUUCUCACCAGCCCACGAUGGCAAGGCGUGCAAAAAUUCUCUAGGAGGGAUGCUGCUUUAGACCCAUUAUUGCUUGCUGUAGCAGCAUCUGCAGGCACCCACACCACCCGAAACCAUUAUCAUCAUGAUUUCUUUCCCGGUGCCCAAGCCGAUGCCGUAGCUCGAGGCAAGCGGGCUGCAGAGAAUACAAACAAGCCUCAGGAGCGCAAGCGUAUGUCAUAUGUGAGCAAGCAAGGCCCUCGAAGACUGCGCUUGCAGCCCACCAUCUCUCUGCAACCAGCUAUAGCCUCUCAGGUCAUUUCGUUGGCUGGACCAUCACCCAUAUCCUCUAUAGAAGUUAAAUGCAUGGCUCGUACCCGUAUACCCACGCCAUAUGGUCCAGUCUUCUUACACCUUUACCACAAUAACCGUGACAACAAGGAGCACCUUGCCAUUGUCGUAGACUCAGCACAAUACUCGGAUGAUAGUUCUGUUCUAGCACCGCCAAUCCGCAGCCGUUCUUUAGACGCUGUUUGGAAUGAUGACGAAACAGACAUGGACCGCAUCGUACGCGGGGCAUACGUAGGAAAACUAUCUGCUACAUCCCAACACCCCUCUCGUCCUUCAUUGCAUCAACCAUCCCCCACAGCCUCCAUCCCGUCUCCCCUUGUUCGUAUUCAUUCCGAGUGUUUCACUGGUGAAACAGUGGGCAGCAUGCGCUGUGACUGUGGCGAACAGCUGGACGAAGCUAUUCGUCUCAUUUCCCAACCGAUAUCUCUUCCCAACAAUGCAUCACCUAAUUCAAGGACGAUUCCCGGCCGGGGUGCUGUAAUUUAUUUGAAGCAGGAAGGUCGUGGAAUCGGCCUUCUGUCCAAAAUACGCGCCUAUAAUUUGCAGGAUUUGGGCCAUGACACGGUUACAGCCAAUUUGAUGCUCGGGCAUCAGGCCGAUGAACGUGGGUACGAAAUCGCGGUCGCCAUUUUGCGUGACCUUGGGCUUGGUUCAGAGCUUGGCGAGGGUGUUCGGCUAUUGACAAAUAACCCUGACAAAGUCCAAGCUCUUGAGAAAGAGGGCCUGAGGGUUGUAGAGCGGGUGCAGAUGGUGCCUAGAAGCUGGAGACAUCGCUCUCACUCACAAGCGGACGCGGGAGAGGCUGACCUGGGUAAAACUGAAGGUGUGACCAUGAUCGGCGGAGAGGCGGUCAGAGGGGAGGACUUGGACAGGUACCUCCGCACCAAGAUUCUCCGCAUGGGGCAUAUGUUGCCGCUUUAUUUGGCAGGCGGGCAAGCCGAGUCAUGACGCAACUCCAUGUCGCUCCUUCGCACAGAUAAUAUGAAGAUAAUAUGCAGGGGGUUUGACUUUAACAUGACUAUUAUUAUCAUCUAUUUACCCUGUGUAUUUCUUGGUCGUCCUUAGAUAGAGUGUACUCAUUAAUUUUACCGGUAGAUCUACAGUCAGAAUUCGAGGACUGCUUGAAGUUGUCUCAUAAUAGUUGCUUAUGUGAUCUAUUAUCACAUCAAAUUGAGGCGU